AUGUUAGACACACAGACAGCGGGCAACAACUGGGGGAAUUCGUUUGGCUCGCGCCCAGACAUGGACAGCGUGCCGCUCUUUGAGCGCGAGCAUCGCAACGACAGCCAGCUAGUGCAGCGUCUGCAGAACGAGCUGGCGGAUGCGAAGCGCUUUGUGGAGGCGCAAGCGCGGCGCCAGAACGACCUUGAGUACGUGAAUGAAGAUUUGGAGCGGCGUUUGGAACAGGAGGCGCUCGACCGUAUCACACUGGACGCACAAAAAGCAGAAGAUGAAAAACGGUGGCAGCAGGAAAAAGCAGCGCUGGAAGUGCAACUUGAAUCGUGGGAAGUUCGCUUUGAAGAAGAGACUCGUCGUCGUGCCAUGGCUGAAGAACGUCUUCGUCGAGCUGAGAAGGAGCUGUAUCGGAUGCACCAAAAGAAAUAUGACAUUGAGAAGCAGGUUCGUCGUGAGGAGAGCGAGAAGCGCAAGCACGAGGCGGUGAUUGUGCGCAGUCUACAGUCGGACUCGCAACGUGCGCAGCAAAACGCGUCCAACGGGUUUUUGGACCCGACAGUGAAUCCGAAGGACGCCAAACCGGCGGCUGUUCGCACGAGGCAGGCGCUGUCUUCUGCAAUGGACUUCCUGGGCGUCUGA